AUGUCUUCGAACAAAAAAAAUCCUGAGUAUGAACUCAUGAAAGCCAAGGCACCAGGCAUUUUGGCUGAGAUGGCACACAUGCUUGUCACGUGGCGGAAAAUGGGCUUCCAUGUACCACGAGGGGUCAAGAAUGUCUUUGAGUUUACAUGGGAAGAACUCUCAGUGUCUUUGCCAAGGAAAUCUUUCAGUGGUAUAUAUUGUCCCAUUGUCAAAUUCUCUCGCUCUGAAGACAUCUCCAUUUCCUCCACUGCUCCCUCAAGAGCUCAAAGGUCUGGUGUCACAGUAUUGGGGAUAAAGCCAACCUAUGUGACCCCAUCACAUGACAGUCAACAACAGAUGCUCUUCAAAUUCCAGCAACGGUCUGUACAUUUGCUGUCUGAACUCCUGAAGAUGAAGAUGAAGAUAAUGAUUGAUGCAGUGGCUGGACCUAGUGCAGAAGAGAUUGCAAGGCGUUUUCUGGAAGGUGGUCAACAGCUAAGCCCUAAAAACCAGGAAGAGGCUGCUGAUUUCAUGACCAAAGAGCCCAAGAAGAAGGGUGGGCGUGGUAUGGUCCCAAUAGUGCCAGCUAUUCCUAUUACUUCUACCACACAGUUGAUCCAGCAAGCAUCGUAUUCCUGUCUCUGUUUCUCAUUGGCGCUGAAAGAGAGCAAGCAGGGCAAGCCUCCAGGUAAAUACCGUAAACGUAAAAUCAGUCAAGAUACAAGCUUUUAUGAUGAAAGACUUGAUCCAUGUCCCCAAGCCAGGGAGAAGCUCCGAGAAAUUUGUCGACGUAUAGAGGUGGAGAAGGCUGCUUACAAAGCAAAAGGCUAUACAAGGCCCCUAAUGCUGAGACACUAUCCAACUCUCACCAAAACACCAUCUAUGUCUUCGAAAGGUUUGGUCCCAGAACCUAAGCCGCGCACAAAGGCAAAGAAGUUCCACUAUUCCUUUCCUGAUGGAACAUCAUUUAUCUUUUAUCCAUCGGGAAAUAUUGCAAUAUACCAGUUUCCUGUGUGCUGCAUAGGAAAAACAAUCACCCUUUUGUACCACGAUGUUCGGCGUUCUUCUCUUCUAGGUACAUUUAUGUCAUAUGGACAAUCAUGUGUACAUUACUCGUUUAAAACCAGCUGCUCAUUAGCGCUCUUGAUGACUCAAGAAGGAGGAACAAUUAGAGACAAGAAUGGCAUUUUGACCCACCAAUGGAGUUGGCAUUCAAAACAACAAAUUCUGCAGUCACUAGAAUUUCAGAUAAAUGAACAGAUAAAACUAAAGGUUCUUGGUCUACGUUCCAUGACACUUAGUUUUUCUUCCCACAAUGAAAUCAUUACUCUCUCUUUGUCAAAUGCUGGAUGUCCACAUGAAUCCAAGACUGAGAAGCGGUUGUUUACAAAGACCAGUGAAACUGAGGAUGAAGGUCAGUGGACCAGAAUCUUAGCUGACAGUAAGAGGCGAUUUGAAAGGAUUGUGAAACAAUUUGUCAAUGCUGUUUUGCUGACUGCAGGUAUAUGUUGCAUAGAUUACCCACUUGGAGAAAGUUCAAAGCAAGUGAGGUUUAAGAUGAAGGAGACAUCUUCACCUCAGGCCUGGGAAAGAAGGUUACGGGAAGAAAAUAUUGCCAUUUUAGAAGCAGAAGGGAAACUGAGGGCCAAAAUGCCAGUGAUGCGGAGUUUGGUCAGUUACAAAGCUAUCAAAGAAAAACCAAUUCUUCCCUCAAGAGACAAAGCAGAAGCAGAUGGAGAAACGCAGCUUGUCAGUACCUGGGCAAUGUCUCCUGCAGAUUGUCCAAUUGUGCUACGCAAAAUAAUAGCCAAAGAGUAUGAUGGUGUAAGUUGCAAGUGUGUUGUGAAAAUCCCAUCAAUUACAGACUUGGAAUUUGAAAAGUUUGUUGCUGCACUGAGAGAGCCUCAUCAGAUCCUUGUGAUAUGUGUGCUAUCAUCCCAAAACCAGUCCUAUUCUCCGUUCUUCGAGUGGUCUUUAGAAAAGAUGUAUAUCGAGAAGCAGCAUGGCCGUCCCUCCCCUUGUGUUCAGUGCAAGCAUGAUCCAUACCGCUUCCUGAGAUAUGACCUAGACAGCCCGAUGAAUAAGCAGCCUCCUCUUCUCAUCCAGAAGCAUGGUGUCAUUCCAGGAAUGGUGGUGAUGUACUCUGAAGGGAAGCCACUCUUUGGGGGCUGUGUUUUCAACGGAUACAGCUACAACAAGAAGGACUUUCUGAAGCAGAUCAACCAAGCUCGCCUUGACUGCAAGAUGGGCCACUUCCUGCCUCAGAGUUUCAAAUUUAGCUCUGCAGGUGUGUUGCAUGGGAGCACCGAAAAAGUGCAAGCUAUACUCUCCAUACCAAGUACUGAUCCUUCUGCAGAGCAGAGUUCCACUAUUGGAAGUAAGAAGGGAUCUUCUCUCUUAGUUACAGACAGCAGGAUAACGGAGCCUUUGGGUAGUGAAAUUUUUUUGGCUGGUGAGGUGAAAGAAGAGGAGAAGAGAAAGCGUGCCACAAGUGGAAGAAAGAAAGCAAAGAAAUGACGACGAGACUAGAAGAGUCUUUUUGGCAAUAUAUGUACACAUUUAAUGCUCACAGAGAUGUAGAUACAGAUGUGUUUUUUUUUAACUAUAAAAG